UUUACUAGACAUGCCCUAAGAAAACUUUCUUCUUCUUCCUAAUUACAAUUAUCAAUCUUCAUGUCCCAAGAAAACCCCUAAUCGAAUUUCUUUUCAUCCCCCUUUUCACGCUUGUAUGAAGUUGGGCUGUUAUCAGUUAUGGAUCAGCAAGACAUGGAAGAUAACGGUGCAGCCAAGAGACCAGAACAUGAACGCCCGCCAGCACCUGCAGGGCCAUAUCCUUGGCUCGUUUAUUGUCAUGGAAAAGGUAGAGAAGAUCAAACGUUUGGGACUAUAUCAGACCCCAAAAGAACGGCGCUUAGGAGGAUUCCUGAGUUGGACAGUAAAAUCUGCUGGGCUUCAUCUCACGGGUGGUGUUCUUUCUCUGACAGAGCGCGUCGCCACUUCUUUCUAUGGAAUCCUCUUACUUUGGAAAAGAUAGACCUACCUGAUUUACAGGUUUAUAACAUUAUUUCAAGCGCUUAUUUAUCGUCUUCCCCUCGCGAAACCGGCUGCAAGAUCUUAUUAUUCGUGGGAGAUCAUCCUUCGAUCAUGUUUCUUGAACUUGGAGACAAAGAAUGGACAGAAAUAGACUACAGUUUUCUUCAAACUGGAAAGGUUGUUGAGUAUGACCAUAUCCUUCGUGACCCAGUUUACUGCAAUGGGAAGUUAUAUGUGUUCUCGUAUCUUACUAACAGCGCACUUUUUGUCCUUGAUGAAAUUAACAAGGGCGGCGUUGUCUUGCGGUCGUUAAAUGUUGAGUAUCAAAACAUUAUGUCUCAGUUAGAGUCUUUAAACUUUCGUAGAUGUUUUGUGGAAGCCUCUGGUGAAAUUUACGGGAUAAAUAUAUUACUUGGAGGAUAUGAUUCCCGAGUUGUUGAUAUUGAGGUUCGCAAAAUAGAUUUUUCUCGUAUGGCUUGGGAGAAAGUAGAAUGUGUGAAAGAUUCAGUGUUAUUCCUUGACGAUCAUUAUUCUAUUUCCUGCCCUGCAAUCAGGCCAGAAAUACAAGGGAAUCGCUUGUAUUUUGUUCUAAAGGACCACAAAUUGUACUCUUACAGCAUAGAAGAUAGAAGCAUUUCAUUAGUUUCUCCAUAUCUACCGGAAGAUCCGUUUUUAUCCUUUUGGGUAAUGCCUGAUCUCAGGGACUAUGCGGGUUCAAGGAAUAGAGAAGAAAUCGAUGCAUGUGGGGAAAAGCAAGAAAUUCAUCAAGAAGCAUAUUUCCAUCGUCUUCCAUCAGAUGUUAUUACUUCAUUGAUUAUCAAGCGUCUCAAUUUAGUCCAUUACUUGAACUUGCGUACCACUUGUAGCUUGUUUCGCUCAUUAGCGCCUCCAAUACAGCAGAAACUGUGUCUGCAAAACCAUUCAUCAUCACCACGGCUAAUGUUCUUUGAGAAAGAUAAUAUUUGCACUUUCUUUGAACCAAAGAAUUCCGACAAAUGCUAUUUGCACUUACCCCAACAGUUAGCGGGAUGCCAAAUUUGUUACUCCAAAGAUGGCUGGUUCAUGAUGUCUAGAGGAAAGAAUUUCUUCUAUUGUUUUAAUCCCUUGACAGGGGAGAUUCUCAAGUUUACAGACACUACUUCCGUUUUGGAGUUGGAGCUUAUAUGUGUUGGCUUCUCAACUUCCCCAACUUCCUCCGACUGUAUAGCAGUAACCAUUUCAAAGCUCAAUAAUCUGAUUGAGAUAUAUUUUGCUUUCCGUGGAGAUACAAAAUGGGUCUUAGAACAAAUUGAUGAUGAUACCGAUUUUACUUUCGGUGGUAAUAGCCCAGUCUUCUACAAUGGCGUAUUUUACUAUUUGGGUGAGAAAGGAAAUUUAGCAAUUCUAGAAAUAAUAGAUGACAUGGUUACUUGGGAAGUUCUAUGGGACCUCAAAAGUCCUCGCAGCCAUUGCCACCAAAAUUUUCUUGUCGAAUGUGAUGGAAAUCUUCUAUCUGUGUUUGUUGGAGAAUUCGAGGGUUCUGUUGAAGUUUUCAGGUUAAGUCAAUCCAAAAUGGUGUGGAUCAGGGUUGAAAAUUUAGGAAACUAUAUGGUAUGCGUUAGUCGCUCGUCCUCAUUUUCUAGUUUGGCAAAAGCCCCCGGAAUGGAGAACAAAAUUUUCUUUCCUAGAUUUUAUGGGGAAAAUAUUGUCUUCUACUCACUUGACACAAAUAAGUUUCACUCAUUUGAUCGUCAGAAAAUACCGAUCGAGUUUUACAUUUCAAGAGAACAGUUGCGUUGCGGUUGGUUUGAACCUCGGUGGUACUAGCUUUCUCAUGUUUUAUGCAACCACAUAGUUUCCUGUUUCUCUUAGUCUUUGUUAUGCUAAUGCAUUGUUUACGUAAGGUUGUCUUGAUUCAA